GUUUGCAAUGUAACUCAUUUUGUAUAAUUAACUGCUUAUAAAUAGAGGUGAGGUGAAUAAUGAAAUUAUUCCAUCGGGAACCGUGCUGUGUUAAACAAAUUAUGCCACCUCAAGUAGAUCCAAUACCGAGUGGAGUUUUAUUCGAAACAGACACACAGACUCCUGAUCUCGGUCUCGAUAAGGAUGUAACCAUAUUGAAAAAAGCAACGCCAAAGAAACAUGAAUAUGUAUGGUUCAAUAUUUUUUGGUUUCUUUACCUGCAUCUAGCUUCUUUAUAUGGAAUGUACUUAGUAUUUACAUCGGCAAAAUGGCAGACUAAUGUUUUCGCAUUCGCAGUACAUUUAAUGUGCGCCAUAGGCAUCGGCGCUGGAUCUCAUCGUUUGUGGACACAUAGAAGUUUUAAGGCUCGAACCCCAUUAAGGAUUCUCCUCAUGAUAUGGCAAACCAUGGGAUUUCAGGAUUGCAUAUUCGAAUGGGCUAGAGAUCACCGCACCCACCACAAGUAUGCAGACACAGAUGCUGAUCCACAUAAUGCUGAGCGAGGUUUGUUCUUCUCCCACAUGGGCUGGCUGUGCUGCAAGAAAAGUCCAGAAGUCAUCGAAGGAGGCCGCAGAAUAGACCUCACUGACCUUUACGCUGAUCCUGUUGUUAUGUUUCAAAAGAAGCACUACAUGAAAAUGAUGCCUUUCCUGUGUUUCGUACUGCCGACUAUCAUUCCUGUUUACUUCUGGGGUGAGACGUGGACGAAUGCAUUCUUUAUUCCAACUAUACUAAGGUAUACAAUCGGAAUCAACGUCGUGUGGAGUAUCAACAGUUUCGCUCACACAUUUGGAUACAGGCCAUAUGACAAAUCGUUGAAUCCACGCGACAACAUUGGCACAUGGAUGAUUUGCGUGGAAGGAUUUCACAACUACCAUCACACGUUCCCAUGGGAUUAUAGGGCCACAGAGUACCCUUUUUACAACAUGCUUACACCAACAAUCGUAUUCAUUGAUGCUAUGGCUAUGAUCGGCCAGGCCUACGAUUUAAAAAGUGUAUCACCAGAUAUUAUAAAGCAACGUUCACAACGAACGGGAGAUGGUACACACUAUCUAUGGGGUUGGGAUGAUCCCGCAUUCACUGAAAAACUUAAAGAAAAGUACGGACACGUCGACUGCCCGGAAGAAAAGAAGAUGAUAUAACUACUUAUUAAUUCAGGUUACUUUAAUACACAAAUUAAUAUCAGAGCUUAUAAUAAAUACGAAUUUAUUGUGUAUAUGAGACAGUGCUAUUUUUAACAUUUUGUUACUUAUACAAAAAAAAGUGAGUGGAAUUAAAUUCUCUAUGGGUUAGAGAAAAUGUA